GAUUCCUCUCGCACAGCCACACCAUAACUUUAAGGUAAACAAUUUUAUUCGCUAGGCAAGUUAGAAAUCGGGUGAUUAUUUGGACUAGCCUGCUCUAGUUGGCGGGCAGUGAUAAGUCAACUUAUUUAAAAGCCCGCCCGAAGGGGCAAAAAUGGAAGAACGCAAGCUACUCCGUCCGGUGAAGCCCACCAAUCCGCUGGUUUACCUGGACAUUUCCAUUGGCAAGGAGGAUGCGGGUCGCAUGAUAAUUGAACUGCGCAAGGAUGUUGUGCCGAAGACAGCGGAAAAUUUCCGCGCCCUUUGCACGGGCGAAUGCGGAAACGGGACGUUGGGGAAACCACUUCACUACAAGGGCACCAGGUUCUUUAAAAUCAAGCGGGUCUUUGCCGUCCAAAGCGGGGAUGUGGUCAACAACGAUGGAACCAGCGGCGAGAGUAUCUAUGGCCCAGUAUUUGACGACGAGAAUUUUGAGCUUACACACAACGAAGAGGGCGUGGUCAGCAUGGCCAACUACGGCAAGCCCAACUCCACAAAUUCACAGUUUUUCAUUUCGGCCGUGGGCUGCGAGAAUCUGAAUGGAACUAAUGUAGUUGUUGGACGUGUUAUACGCGGUUUGGGCAUCAUAGCCGAAAUGGAACAAAAUAGCAACGACGAGGGCGAUCCCACGGCGGAGAUCGUGAUACGAGACUGUGGAGAACUGGCUCCUGACAAGGAUUGGGGACUGGAGUGCAAUGACGGUACCGCGGACAAGCUGCCCCUCUACCCGAACGACUGGACGCGCAAGUUUGAUAAGUUCACAGCAGAUGCGGCGGUGGAACUGCUCACGGGCAUUCGCCAAUCGGGCAAUCACUUCUAUCAGCUCGGCCGCUAUCAUGAAGCCCGAGCCAAAUACCGCAAGGCCAAUCGCUACUAUCAUUACCUGAGCAAACAGUUCGGCUGGCAGGCGCUAAACCAUUUCAAAAAGCAUCUCGUCGACACGGAUCUCCUAAAAAUCGACGGUUUUUCGGUUGUGAACAACAUAAACGCUGCCGCCGUGGACCUGAAAUUAGGAAACUAUGUAAGUGCCAGAAACGAUUGCUCGGAGGCCAUUCGCUUGGAUCCCAGCUGCAGCAAGGCUUUCUACCGGCGUGGUCAGGCUCAACGCGGCUUGCGCAACUACGAGGAGGCCAUCAACGAUCUGAAGAAAGCUCACAAUCUCCUGCCGGAGAACAAACAGAUCCUGAACGAACUGAACAGCACCAAGCAGCUUUUGGCCCAGUACAACAAACAGCAACGAAACGCGCUUAAAAAUCUAUUUGCCUAACUGGGCAACCAGUCACCAUUUUCUUGUAUCGUUUUUUAUCGUUUUUAGUUUAACGAGGACCUGAAUGGCGUACAUUAAUGUAAAUACUUAAUAAUAAAUGUUGUUGUUUUACCAACAGUCAGUGGUAUACCACAAAAAAGGUAA